GUUGGGGUGGAGGGUGAGUUAGAAAAGACAUAAUGGAGAAGACAGCAACUUGUUCCAUCUGCUUUGAAGGUUUUCCUAACAGAAAGGCAGUUGCUUUCUGGAGAUGAGAAAGUGAGAGCCAACUGAAUUCUCAAUCAUAAUCCUCUGUCAGCCAUUGAGGAUUCAUCUCUUUUUCAAUUACCAGCAUUAAAAUAUUUAGACUUGGGACAAACACACGUCCCACUUACAGCGCUUGAGAAUAUAAUCACAAUGGCUCUAGGACUGAAAACACUGAUCUUACCGAGCCAUAUGGUCUGCUGCCUCUGCCAUUUUAAAAAUGACAUCGAGGUUGUCUGCAAGACAAUUAAGCUGCAUUGUGACAGCACAUGUGUGGUUAAUGCCACUCAGUGUGUGGGAAAAGCCCCCAUAAGGAAUGUCCAUGAAGCCUUCAUUAAGGUGUUACAAGCCCGGAAGAAGAGCACCAGCACUGAGCUGACUAUCAAGACAGAUAUGGCAUCUGCAGAAAUAAGUGGUUUGGAAUUAUUAGGCCUUGUGAAAGAGCAGCUAGACAUUAAUGAUGAAAGUGAUCUUUCUACAACACCAGGUUUCACACUGCCAUACUUUCUAGAGGGAAAUCUAGAAGGCAUAGAAAAAACAAUAUUACCAUUCAUUCAGCUCCUUUUGUCAAAUAUACAAAAUGGAAAUAAUUCUUUGGCUUAUUUGGAAAACAAUAUGAGAAACUCCUCUUCUCAACCUGCAUUUGACAAUUCGACGCUCAAUGAUAAACUACAGAGGAUAUAUCUGUUGCAAACUUUGUUAAAUGUAAAAAUUCAGGAAAUAUUAGAUAAGGUGAAAAAGAAAGAAAAAAGUGAUAUGGUUAUACCAUCUAGACUUUUAGAUCCCCAACUGAGACACCAAAUCUUUGCAAAGAAACUGGAAAGUGCUCAAACACAGGAAAACAACCUGGCAGAGGUGGAGGGUGAAAGGAAAAUGUUUCCAAGCUUGAAGACCCCUCUCAAGGAGCUGAAGCAUCCACAACAAAGUCUUUUCAAGGAAGAAAGGAAACAGAAAGCUGCAUUGAACUGGGGUAGGCAGCCAUUCUUGGAAGAUGUCACCAAAGAGAGAGGCUUAAAGAGAUUCAUCCCAUGGGAGAUGGCUCAGUAUCAGAGGAUGCCAAAGCCCAGGAAGUUGGUGGGAAACUCUUUCCACAUAGAGCCCUCCUUCACAGACGAACAGAAAGUAACAGCUUCUUCUUUCCUAAAACAUCACUCCAUGGACCGAUCUCCUUCUUCCAUCCCUGCCAAAGCCCUGCCCAAGGUGAGAAAGAGAGCAAAUGAUUUCAACUACAUUUUGGACUUACAAAAUGCAGAUGCUAGAGUUAAAACCACAGAGGGUACAAAACCAGUCUUACAUCCUGGAAACUCUCACCACUUUCACAAAACUCAUUCUCUCAUGGCCCAGGGAACACCCGAGGUCAAGCUGAGUGACAAGUUGAGAAAGGAAAACACACGCAGUAGACUACCGCUUGUAAAGAGGCCUCAAUUCUCAGCAGUGAGGACUCUCAUCAGUUUCCCAUCAGGACGGUUCUUCUCAUCUUCAGGAGAGCCCAGUUUUCAGGAGACUCUUGUUUCAGAAUUAUAUGCUCCUUCAGAACUUUCUGUAGAAAGCACCCCUGUAGAAAACCAUACUGCAGCAGAUACUUUCAAAGGAGCAGAUUUUGCGUUAAGCAUUAGUGUGCCAGAAGAAACUAUCUCCAAAGACACAACUCACAAGAAUCAUUCUGCUGCAUACUCUGCCGUGACUGCAUUCAACCUAAUACCAGCUGUGAACCACACAACAAAGGCACAUUGGGAACACCCCAACAUGGGCACUGACUCACCACUCAAAGACUUCACCUCCCUGUCGCUGUCAUCCUCACGUGAUCAGUUUGAGAUUUACAUAAAUCAGCAACUCUGGCCCCUCAUCCCCAACAAUGACAUCAGAAGGCUGGUUUCUCUUGUUCUCAGGAGGUUAUUGGACUGCUCUGAGACCCAAGUGCAGUUGCCCUGUGCCAAGCUCAUCUCCAAGACAGGCCUCCUGUUGAAGCUGUUCAGUGAGCAGCAAAAAGCCAAGGUGUCCAAGGCCCAGUGGGAUGUGGAGCACUGGACAAAUGAGAAUUACAUCAAUGAGAGCACAGAAGACCAGAAUGAAGAGAAGGAGCGGCAGUCAACGGAGCUCACAGUAGAAGUUCCAGGAUUCGGCUAUAAGAACAAACUGAUCUUGACAGUAUCUGUGACGGGAGUAGGGAUCAUUGUGUUGAUAAUUUUCUGUCUCAUUGAGAUUUAUUCCCAAAAACGGGCUUCAGAGGAAAAUGAAGAAGAGUCCUCAAGGGGCCUUUCCCAACGUUGGCAUGGGAGAUGCAAAAUGGAACAGGAAAAGGAGAAGGCCGUGAGUGGGGCUGUUUGCCUGCUGUGGCUUCAGGAAAUAUACAGACCUAUCCGUGCCUCACACAUGAAACAAGUGUCGGCCAAGCUGCAUGGGAAGGAUUCCUCUGAUGAGGGUGAGAUUUUCACAAAGCACGCAGGGGAGCUCCACGGAGUCACCACAGAGGCAGCGCCCACAGUGUCGGCCAUCAAGGAUGAGGAAAGUGGGCUCAAGAAGGCGCCCUUGGAGUGACCCUGACUUGCCUCCAGUGACUGGCAAAUCUUUUUUUCACAUUGUUUCGCAUUGUUACAUUAAAAUCUAUAAUAUUCAUAAGCACUUCUAGCCAUGCAGUAAGAAAAUAAGUCCUGAUAGUCAAAUUGAUGUGUGCAUGUAACACACGGCAUAGUGGGACUGCUGUUUGGAUCCUUUGUUUGGUCCUGCUUCUGAGGGAGCCAGUGUGGCCUUCUUGUCCUUGGCAGCCAGGAUAACCAGUUUCUGUAACCAAACGCACUUGUGGGUUUGGCAUUUAUAGACUCCUAACACUUAGCCCAAUAAUCCAUGGAAGCAUAGUUUUUGUCUUAUUCGUCUUAUCAUUGCACAGGAAAUGGAGCUCAAAGAAUAUAAGUAAUCUGGCCAAGUACACAAAGCCACAUAUCUAAAGCCUCAAAUUAGAGUUUUAAUUAAGGACCCUAAGACUCUAAAGGAUUUUAACCAAGACACUGCCCCACUAUAGGGUAUAGAAAUAUGGGGACAUACAGACCUUGCUGCCUGCUGUCACAUGGCUUAGUGUUCUGGAGAUGGGCCAUCAGAAUUUGGGGGACAUGUGAACCUCCAAGUCCCCAAGUGUACGAAGUGGCUGAAGUUGGAGAUGGAUCACAUAUGUUGGGCUAAUGCAAGGCCAGACCUGUGAACAUAGAGAGCCCAAAGUGAGCCACAUAACAAGCUGUUCCAGCUCUGGAAGGCAAGGUGCCCAGGUGAGUCAGUCAAAUAAGCUGCUAUGCAGAGGGGUUGAAAUUGACAUCAAUUCCCUGAGUGCCUAAAUAAAUGGGCUAAGGUGGUUGAGCAGUUCCUUUCCUCUGAUCCGGAGAGAGGGCCCCCCCUGAUCCCAGCUUUGCGUGUCUUGCCCUUAUUUCUUCACCUUUUCACCGCCCUUCAUGGUCCUCACCCCAGGAAGUUUGAGAGCUGCCUGAAUCAUGGCACCUAAGA